AUGGACCAAGACUCGGCCGCCUCCCAAGCCCAGCGCAAAAUCGAGCUCCAAUCCCCCCAAGACCUAGCCUACCUCGUGGCCAAAGUGCGCGGCGCAGCAGUCGCCCGCAUCAACGAAGCCUUCCCCCACGUCCCCGGCCAAGGCGAAGACGAGCUCCGGAACCAAAUCGAAUCCCUGGUCAACGAGUACAUCGACAAGACCUUCACCCUCGCCGCGCCGAACCUGUCCAUCAACGGCCUCCCCGUCUCCUCGACCGAGUACCUCUCGCCGUCGCCCGCCACGCACGACACCCACGAGCCCUUCGACGCCCGCAAGCGCCAGCGCGUCGCGGAGCUCAUUUCCCAAGAGGAAAAGCUACUCGAGGAAGUGGCGGCGCUGAAGCGCUCCGUGCCCGGCAAGGCGGCGGACGAGCAGGCCGCGCGCGUCCGGGACGCGAUCCGACGCGACGAGGAGAUGGUCGAGGCGCGCAGGGCGGCAGUCGCCGUCGAGGCGGGCAAGGAAGGCGGCAGCUUGCGCGUAGACAGGCUGGAGAGACAGGACGGUGUGGAGGCCGGGUUCAGGGGCGCCGUCGAGGCGCUGGGCAGACUCAAGAGGGACAUGCCGUCUGCUGUGGCCAAGAUGGAGAGGGCGAGGGUGGCAGGCGAGUACGUGUUGGAUGCGAAGUAG